AUGUUUGCAAUAUAUACUGGUGCUUUUGCAAUCGCAUCCAUUUAUCGUGGAAUCAAAAAACGUAAUAAGGAUAAAAAACUAACCAAAAUGUCUUCAUUAAAUCACAUUUCCACAGGUACUAGAGAUAAAAUUAGAAAAUUUCGUACCUCCACUUCAAGAACAGAAGUGAUUAGAGGCUUAAGCAUUAAAAUAUUGCCAAAUCCUUCUUAUGAAAUUGUUGUGGAUGAAGAGGAAACUGAUGAAUUGGAUGAUAUUAAAGAUUUAAGUGAAUAUGCAGAUGUUCUACCAGAUAACUCUCCAAGAUAUGUAUUGAUUGCUUAUCCAUUGACUGACAAGGAUGGUAUUAAAAAGGCCCCUUUGAUUUUAUUAUAUUGGAAACCAAACACUGUCGUUUCACAAGAAUGGAAAAUGCUGUAUGCAAGUGCUUUAGAGAUGAUAAGAAAUGAAUGCGGUCCUUCAAAAUUAAUCGAAGUUUCUUCAGGUUUAGAAGAUGAAUCAGAUGUGGAGGAUUUAAUAAAAGAAAUUCUAAAAUAA